CAUAAAACUACAGCGUCUGGCCUGAAGCGGUCGGUGUUGAGUUUGUGCUGCAGGUCCGGUUCCUGCCGCUGGAUUCACCCUUAUCAAUUAUCCUCUGGGAAGGGUAAAAGUCUAAUGGUCCGUCUUUUGUAACUGGGACAUAAAACACUAAAAAUACUGAGAGAAGCCUUUGCACCCUUCUCUCCCCCCGCUGCAUGUCUAAUAUUUGGACAUGUUGAGCUUUAUGGAUUUCAGGACUGUACUGCUUCUUGUAGCAUCCCAAGCUUGUCUAUUAGCCGUGGUGAGAUGUCAGCGGGACGAUGACCAGGAGGAGGGUACUGUCUGUAAUGUCGAAGGACAGCGUUUUUAUGACAAGGACAUAUGGAAACCAGAGCCUUGUCGCAUCUGUGUGUGUGACACUGGAGCAGUCCUGUGUGAUGACAUUGUCUGCGAGGAGCUAAAAGACUGCCCAAAACCUGAAAUCCCAUUUGGAGAGUGUUGCCCCAUCUGCCCUGCUGACCAGCUACCACCUUUUGGAGUACCAGAAAGUAAGGGUCAGAAGGGUGAACCUGGAGACAUUACAGAUGUUGUAGGACCAAGAGGACCAUCCGGCCCAAUGGGCCCACCAGGAGAGCAGGGACCCCGGGGACCGAGAGGAGAUAAAGGAGAGAAGGGAAGCCCUGGUCCUCGUGGCAGAGAUGGUGAACCUGGCACCCCUGGAAAUCCUGGACCCCCUGGACCUCCAGGACCUAAUGGACCCCCUGGCCUUAGUGGAAACUUUGCUGCUCAGAUGGCGGGUGGUUUCGACGAGAAAGCUGGCGGUGCACAGAUGGGCGUGAUGCAAGGACCAAUGGGCCCAAUGGGACCCAGGGGACCACCUGGCCCCACAGGAUCACCUGGCCCACAAGGUUUCCAAGGCAGCCCAGGAGAGGCCGGAGAGCCUGGACAAGCUGGCCCCAUGGGUCCCCGUGGCCCUGCUGGACCUCCUGGAAAACCCGGAGAUGAUGGUGAACCAGGUAAACCAGGGAAAUCAGGUGACCGUGGACCCACCGGACCUCAGGGAGCUCGUGGUUUCCCAGGAACUCCGGGUCUGCCGGGCAUCAAGGGACACAGAGGUUAUCCAGGUCUUGACGGUGCAAAGGGAGAAACUGGUGCUGUUGGUGCUAAGGGUGAGGCUGGUGCUCCAGGCGAGAGCGGCACACCUGGACCCAUGGGACCGCGUGGUUUGCCUGGGGAGCGAGGACGUCCCGGAUCCACUGGAGCUGCUGGUGCACGUGGUAAUGACGGCUUGUCUGGUCCUGCUGGUCCUCCAGGUCCAGUUGGUCCUGCUGGAGCUCCGGGCUUCCCUGGAUCUCCUGGAUCAAAGGGUGAAGCUGGUCCUACCGGCGCCCGUGGCCCUGAGGGAGCCCAGGGACCCCGUGGAGAGUCUGGCACUCCUGGGUCACCUGGACCGUCUGGUGCCUCUGGUAACCCUGGUACUGAUGGUAUCCCUGGAUCAAAAGGCUCAGCAGGUGCUCCAGGUAUUGCAGGUGCUACUGGUUUCCCCGGACCUCGCGGGCCUCCUGGACCUCAGGGAGCGACUGGACCUCUUGGGCCAAAAGGAACAGCUGGAGACCCAGGUAUUUCAGGAUUCAAGGGUGAGGCUGGACCCAAAGGAGAAAUUGGCCCGGCAGGCCCUCAGGGAGCCCCUGGCCCACAAGGAGAAGAAGGCAAGAGAGGACCCAGAGGUGAGCCUGGUGCUGCUGGACCUCUUGGACCUCCAGGAGAAAGAGGAACUCCUGGUAACCGUGGUUUCCCUGGUCAGGAUGGUCUUGUUGGUCAGAAGGGAGCCCCUGGUGAGCGCGGACCCCCUGGGGCCAGUGGUGCAAAGGGGGCCACUGGUGACCCUGGCCGUCCCGGAGAGUCUGGACUUCCUGGUGCAAGGGGUCUGACUGGUCGUCCUGGUGAUGCUGGACCUCAGGGCAAAGUCGGACCUUCUGGAGCUCCUGGUGAGGAUGGACGUCCAGGACCCCCUGGUCCUCAGGGAGCCAGAGGACAGCCUGGUGUUAUGGGAUUCCCCGGACCAAAGGGAGCAACUGGUGAACCCGGUAAAUCUGGUGAGAAAGGACUGGCUGGAGUUCCUGGCCUUAGGGGUCUGCCUGGAAAAGAUGGAGAAACGGGCGCGGCUGGACCCCCUGGCCCUGCUGGCCCUGCUGGGGAGAGAGGAGAGCAAGGACAGCCCGGUCCCUCUGGUUUUCAGGGUCUUCCCGGACCUCCUGGCCCUCCCGGUGAGGGAGGCAAACCUGGAGACCAGGGCGUUCCAGGAGAAGCUGGAGCUGCUGGUGCCACCGGACCCAGAGGAGAGCGUGGUUUUCCUGGAGAGAGAGGAGCUGCUGGUCCCCAGGGUUUGCAGGGACCCAGGGGCCUGCCUGGAACUCCUGGAACUGACGGACCCAAGGGAGCCAUUGGAUCGGCUGGUGGUCCAGGAGCUCAGGGACCGCCAGGCUUGCAAGGUAUGCCAGGAGAGAGAGGAACUGCUGGCAUUCCUGGACCCAAAGGAGACAGAGGGGAUGUUGGAGAGAAAGGGCCUGAAGGUGCCUCCGGCAAAGAUGGUGGCAGAGGUCUUACUGGUCCAAUUGGUCCUCCUGGUCCUGCUGGUCCAAAUGGCGAGAAGGGUGAAUCUGGAUCUGCGGGACCUUCUGGCCCUGCUGGUGUUCGUGGUGCACCUGGUGACAGAGGAGAGACUGGACCUCCUGGGCCUGCUGGGUUUGCUGGACCUCCGGGGGCUGACGGGCAGCCUGGAACCAAGGGAGAGCAAGGAGAAGCUGGACAGAAGGGAGAUGCUGGAGCCCCUGGACCCCAAGGACCAUCUGGUGCCCCUGGACCUGCAGGUCCUACAGGAGUUUCUGGACCUAAAGGGGCUCGUGGUGCUCAAGGUCCUCCUGGUGCCACUGGUUUCCCUGGAGCUGCUGGGCGAGUUGGACCUCCUGGCCCCAAUGGUAACCCUGGACCCUCAGGUCCUGCCGGCUCUCCUGGUAAAGAUGGACCAAAAGGUGUGAGAGGGGAUGGCGGACCUCCAGGCAGACAAGGUGAUGCUGGACUACGUGGUCCUGCAGGAGCUCCAGGAGAGAAGGGAGAUGCUGGAGAGGACGGACCUCCUGGUCCGCUAGGUCCCUCGGGUCCUCAGGGAUUGGCUGGUCAGCGCGGCAUUGUUGGUCUGCCCGGACAGAGAGGUGAAAGAGGUUUCCCUGGUCUGCCUGGACCUUCUGGUGAGCCUGGAAAGCAGGGAUCUUCUGGCGGUCCCGGAGACCGUGGACCUCCUGGACCCGUUGGACCACCUGGGCUUACUGGACCUGCUGGAGAACCUGGCAGAGAGGGCAACCCUGGAUCUGACGGACCUCCUGGUAGAGAUGGAUCUCCUGGAAUUAAGGGUGACCUUGGCAACACUGGUCCUGCUGGUGCUCCUGGUGCUCCGGGUGGUCCUGGUGCUCCCGGCCCAGUCGGGCCCACUGGAAAACAGGGAGACAGAGGGGAGUCUGGUGCCCAAGGACCAGCAGGACCUCCAGGACCUGCCGGUGCCAGAGGAAUGCUUGGACCCCAAGGACCCCGUGGUGAUAAGGGUGAAGCUGGGGAGUCUGGUGAGAGAGGACAAAAGGGACACAGAGGUUUCACUGGUCUGCAGGGUCUCCCUGGAACACCAGGUCAACCUGGAGACCAGGGCGCCACUGGACCUGCUGGGCCUUCUGGACAAAGGGGACCACCUGGACCUGUUGGUCCUUCUGGAAAAGAUGGUGCAAAUGGUUUACCAGGACCCAUCGGACCUCCCGGACCUCGUGGUCGUUCUGGAGACUCUGGUCCCUCUGGUCCUCCUGGAAACCCUGGACCCCCUGGUCCUCCUGGUCCCCCUGGUCCUGGUAUUGACAUGUCUGCCUUUGCUGGUCUGGGUCAAACAGAAAAGUCUCCCGAUCCUCUCAGGUACAUGAGGGCCGACCAGGCCUCCGGAAAUCUUCGUCAACAUGAUGCCGAGGUUGAUGCCACUCUCAAAUCUCUCAACAAUCAAAUUGAGAACAUCCGAAGCCCAGAGGGGUCCAAGAAGAAUCCUGCCCGCACCUGCAGAGAUCUGAAGCUGUGCCAUCCCGACUGGAAGAGCGGUGAAUACUGGAUCGAUCCCAAUCAGGGCUGCACCGUAGAUGCAAUCAAGGUCUUCUGCAACAUGGAGACCGGGGAGUCCUGUGUGAACGCCAAGCCUGCCAAGAUCCCACGCAAGAACUGGUGGUCCAGCAAGAGCAAAGAACGCAAGCAUGUCUGGUUUGGAGAGACAAUGAAUGGAGGAUUCCAUUUCAGUUAUGGGGACGACAGCCUGGCUCCCAACACUGCCGCCAUUCAGAUGACUUUCCUGAGGUUGCUGUCCACCGAGGCUUCCCAAAAUCUCACUUACCACUGUAAGAACAGCGUGGCCUACUUGGACGCCUCAACAGGCAACCUGAAGAAGGCCGUGCUGCUGCAGGGCUCCAAUGAUGUGGAGAUCAGAGCCGAGGGCAACAGUCGCUUCACCUACAGCGUCAUGGAAGAUAGUUGCGCGAGACACACGGGGCAGUGGGGUAAGACAGUGAUUGAAUACAGGUCGCAGAAGACCUCUCGUCUGCCCAUUGUGGACAUUGCACCCAUGGAUAUUGGUGGAGCAGAUCAGGAGUUUGGAGUUGAUGUUGGGCCAGUUUGCUUCUUGUAAAAAAUAAGCAGCUGACAAGAAGAGGAAGAAAGUUGCUAUUGGAAAGAAAUAAAAUAGGAAAUGAAAGAGGAGCACGCUACAGUAAAAGGAGAGAAAAAGCGAAAAAGAAAAAUCAAGACAUUUUUUUUAAUGGAACUUCUUUUCUAAAUAAAAAGUGCUUUUCCAAGUUGAACUCAGUAGGAUAUCUGCACUGAAUGGCACCAACAAACUGUCAUUUAUGAUCCAUCCGCAGGCAUUGCCUUCAGUCAUGUCUCCCUCCCCCAUGGACACCCUCCACUCCCUAAAACCCUCCCUUUUUCACUAGUUGUGAACAGUAACCUCCCUCUCACCUACCCAAUCUCUAUGAACAAAAAGGAGGAAGUAUGAGGAGAAAACAGGAACAUGCCAGGGAACAAAGGAGAGAACAAUGUGUUGGUGUUAUUUAUUUAUUGCUUGGGUUAGGGUCCCAGAUGUGGUAGGACUGAGGUUGUUGCAAAGUGAUUAAAAAUAGAUAUAUUUUAAAGAAAAAGAAUUAUCAUCCACCUACUUCCUCCUGUUUUCUGGAUAUCAUCAUCCCUGUGUCACAAACCAAUAAAAAAUGUUUAGUUCCUUGAAACCAAAAAUAUUUCAUCAUACUGUAGAAAGUGCAGCCGUUCCUGUUUCUCCACCCAUAGUGUGUAUCAACAUUACUGUGUACUAUAAUAAAGUCAAUGGUGCUAUUGUUGUAAAACAGUUUGUGUCUUUCAACAACCAGAUACUCGUAAGUAGUGACACACACACACAUAUAUGUAUAUAUAUAUAUUUAUAUAUAUAUAUGUGUGUGUGUGUGUGUGUGUGUGUGUAGUUUCUUAGAGACCGUUUCUUGCUGGGCUUUUCACUGUGAUUUAUGUCCCUUCUUACAUGAACAAGCAUGACUGAUAAAGUUUAGUCAGCGUAGUUAGGAACAAAUUUAUUUGUAUUUUUCAAAACAUUUGAUUUGGCAUUUUAAAACUACCUCACAGUAAAAAAAAAAAAAUAACAAUCUAAACUUAGUUUACAAAUAGCAUCCUAUCAAGUUAAGAUGGUUAUAUUUGGUUAAAUGAGCCCAGUCUGCUGACCCUCAUCCAGUGUGUCCCUCUCAGCCCCCCUCCUGUCCUCUCACACAGCCUCUGCUUCAAUCUACAAACACACAAAAUCAAGUGAUUUUGUGUGUUUCACUGAUGCUGCAAUUCAAUCCAGCACAGAGGGUUCAAAUGUGUGAGGUUGUGUAUAUUUGUUAUUAUUAAUAGUAGCAUUAUUAUUAAUAAUAAAAGCGCUAUUAUUAUUUUAUUAUUAUUAUUAUUAUUAUUAUGGUCUUGACUUGUUUUUGUUAUGUCUUAAUUAAUGUAAAUUGGAAAUAAACAACAAAACCCAA